AUGGUGAAUGUGCAGAGCGCCGGAGAGGCGCUGCUCCAAAACCCGCAGUUUAUGGAAAUCUUCCAGCGCGCACUGGGUGGCGAGGAGCACAUCAAGGACAUCCCACCAGAGGGCGACCCGCGACGCGAGGAGUGGCUUCGUGAUAUCCAGAAGAAGAUUCAGGAGGAAAAUAUGAAGUCUAUGAAGGCCAAACUAGAGGAGGUACAAAGCGACGAGAACGGCCAGUGGAUGUAUGUUAUGCCGGAGCCAGGAUUCUGCGUUAAGUGCACGACGGCGGGUGGUGGAAAGGUAUUUGUGAAUGUCUGCCAACACGAACGCAUCGCUGAGCCUAUUCCAAUGGAUGAUGCAGAAAGCACUGAUGAGGUGAAGUUCAAGAUUCCCCUGAGUUGCGGCCAGGCGAGACCAGAGUCAGACAAGAGCGGCAAGCCAUGCAAGGUGUAUGAUGUGAUUGUUAAUCCGUCAACGGUUCAACGUUCCUCAGGCGACCAUGAGUUUCGCUGUUUCGUUAUUUCUCUGUGCAUCCACUGGAUCAAGCAGAAGUGCGAGCCCACGCUGAAGACGGAGGAGUACCGAAAUAUGAACUUUAAAGUGAAGGGUGCGUUAGAACCGCAGCGAAUCCGCAUCUCAAGUGUGCCCAAGGCGGCUAAUGCCCUGGGAGACGAGAUACGUCUUCCGCAGAAUACAAGCGCGGCAUCGCCACUCACGCAUGUGGGCGGCCGCAGCGGAAAGGGAAAUCUCGUGGAGGAAGUGAGUGGGCCGUCACCCGCUGCUGCACCUGCUGCUGCUACUGAUUCUGAAGGUGCUACUGCUUCUCUGCAAGAAGAAAACGAUGCCUUGAAGAAGCCCUCUCUCGCAAAACUACAGUCUGAAGGCGCGUAUGAUUGGACAACGCACAUGAAGCCGAUGCUCAACCCGUACCUGCGGGAAAAUGUUCCCGCCCACUACAUCGUGGAGGUUCACAUUCCAACGGUGACGACGGUCGCAGAGGUGGAGGUGCGCAUCACACCCAAGUUGAUAGAGCUGCUCUACGUUGACGCGGAGGACGAUGCACCGUUCCUGAGAGUCCCACUGGACUACCCCAUAGACGAGGACGCGCCGAACGCCAAGUUCGUCCGCAAGACGCAGAUGUUGAAGAUGAAGCUUACGGUGAAACUCCCCGACGAAACCACCGAGCCUGCCACCAAGGCCGAUCGCGACGUGGUGGAGAUCGAGGAAGAAGAAAACCGACGGGCGCGUGAAGAGCGGGAAAAUGAGUUGCGUGAAUACCGGCAGCGGAUGGAGCGGAAACGUGAGGAGGACGAAGAAGUUAUGAAGGAGCGACGGAGUUAUGUGGAGAACUUGGCAGCCGUGCAGGAGGGGGCGGUGCCUCCUAGCCUCAAGGAGGAAGUAGACAAACUCCCGCCGGACCAACUCAGCGCCAUGCUUCAGCGCUUGGAAACCAAGACUCGCAGAGGUGACUCCAUAGACGAGAUGCUCGAGAAGUUUCCAGAGAGCAUGAUAGAUGCCAUCUGCCGUUAUAUACGCAGCAAGUUGGGCCUUGAACAGAGGCCGUUAAGCGAUGGUGAUAAAACAAAAGCUGAUGGAAAUAGCGGAGCCACCACGACGACCACCACCACAACAACAACAGCGCCACCCCCAGUGGGGACAGCAACAACAACAACAGCACCGCAGUCUAUCGAUGGCGCUAUGGAAGAAGAUGGGCGCAUCGAGUACAAUUUCGCAAAGAAAGCAGAGAAGCUUGUUGGUGUGGCGUUUCACAAUCGUUACCUUUUCGCUCUCGACUGA